AUGGGAUCGUCGGAGUCAAGCGACUUCACGGCCAAGGACAUGUGGCAGGAGAUCAAACAACAUGGUUCCUUCAGCGAAACCCGCACCGGCAAAGAGCCGAGGGUGUUGAAGCCCGGAUCAUCCAUCGGAGCGGCCGUCGCUGCGGCCACGACGGUGCCGGCAGGGGGGAGCCGCGUGGUGUCGUUUGCUCUGUCGUGGUCGUGCCCCGAGGUGAAGUUCACAGACGGGAAAACGUAUCACAGGAGGUACACCAAGUUCUGUGGCUUGGAUCGAGAUGCUGCUGCAGAGAGCUUGGCUCAUGAUGCUCUUCUUGAACACAUGGAGUGGGAGUCGAAAAUCCAAGAGUGGCAGACGCCUAUUCUGCAGGACAAAAGGCUGCCCGAAUGGUAUCCGCUUGCAUUGUUCAACGAACUCUACUAUCUGAUCGCUGGAGGCACCAUAUGGACAGGUAUCUCCAUCACCAUCAGCAAGUAUAUUAUGAUCUGCAUGCCUGUGCAGAAUAGAAUUCGAUCGUACCACGGAGCUGAGAACAAAUCUCUGGCAAAUGUCGUCACAGAUGGACGGCCUCCCAGGAUGAGCGUUGCCUCAUCAGGGACGGGCACCCAAGACCCAUUCUCCCUCGACGUGUUCCGCCGCACAGACCUGCAAGGCAGUGGCACCCCGGUCCCGGUGGUGGACGGCGUCCUGGGCGAGAUGACGUCCGUGACGGAGCGCCUGCGGUCGGCGGCGGCGUUCGGGGCGACGCUGCUCGGCGACGGCGAGGAGAACGUGGGGCAGUUCUUGUACCUGGAGUCGAUGGAGUACCACAUGUGGAACACCUACGACGUGCACUACUUCUACGUCUCCUUCGCGCUGCUCUCCCUCUUCCCGGAGAUCGAGCUGAGCCUCCAGCGCGACUUCGCCCGCGCCGUCCUCCUCCACGACCCUCGUCCCAUGCGCACCCUCAACGACGGCAAGACCGUGCCGCGCAAGGUCCUCGGCUCGGUGCCGCACGACGUCGGGCUCAACGACCCGUGGUUCGAGCUCAACGCCUACAUGCUCCACGACCCGUCGCGCUGGAAGGACCUCAACCCCAAGUUCGUGAUGCAGGUCUACCGGGCCGUCGUCGCCACGGGCAACGUCGCCUUCGCCAGGGCGGCGUGGCCGGCGGUGUACCUGGCCAUGGCGUACAUGGACCAGUUCGACCGGGACCGGGACGGCAUGGUCGAGAACGAGGGCCGCCCCGACCAGACCUACGACCUGUGGUCCGUGUCCGGGGUCAGCGCCUACACCGGCGGGAUCUGGGUCGCGGCGCUGCAGGCCGCCGCUGCCAUGGCGCGCAUCGUCGGCGACGGCGACGCCGAGCUCUACUUCCGUGCGCGGUACCGCAUGGCGAGGCGCGUGUACGACGAGGAGCUCUGGAACGGCGCCUACUUCAGCUACGACAACAGCGGCGGCAAGACGAGCUCCUCCAUCAUGGCCGACCAGCUCGCCGGGCAGUGGUACGCUCGCGCGUGCGGCCUGGAGCCGGUGGUGGAGGAGGAGAAGGCCCGGAGCGCGCUGGGGACGGUGCUGGACUACAACGUCAUGCGGGUGAAGGGCGGGACGGUCGGCGCGGUGAACGGGAUGCGGCCGGACGGCGGCAUCGACAUGUCGUCGACGCAGUCCAAGGAGAUAUGGCCCGGCACGACCUACGCGGUGGCGGCCGCCAUGAUCCACGAGGGCAUGCUGGAGGCCGGCUUCCGGACGGCCAAGGGCGCCCACGACGCCAGCUGGUCCAAGGACGGCUUCGGCUACGCGUUCCAGACGCCGGAGGCUUGGACGGCAGAGGGCGGCUACCGCGGGCUGCACUACAUGCGGCCCCUCUCCAUCUGGGCGAUGCAAUGGGCGCUGUCGCCGCCGGAGCUCCACAAGGACCGGUGCCCUCGCCGGGGGACGCCUCAGUUGGACAUGACAAGUUCGAUAAGGUGGCGAGCAUGCUGA